AUGGCGCGACUGGUUCCAGUACUCCUUCCAGCCUGUACCGCAGUGGGAUCCGUGCAUCCCAAAAUGUUGGACCGGCGGCUGGAAGAGGCGGUGGACCAUAAUUCGGACAGCUGGUUGUCCGUGGAGGCUCUGGCCCACAGCAUUGUGCCGGAGGAGCUAGUGAAAGAGAUCCUCUUCGACAGUGUGAUGCAGGAGGACUACCGGCACCUGAUGCCAGGCCUUGACCUAAACUCGAAGGACAUGACGGCCCAGAUGCUGUCAUGGCAAACUCCCUCCUUGGCUUGGGGGCAGAGGCUUCCCGGGGAGGUUCGGGACCACAUGGAGGCCGUCCAGCGUCGGGCCUGCGAAAAGUGCGCUUCGCCCGGCUGCUGCGAGCCGCAACGGUGGUGCUGGUGGCUGCACGAGCGGCUGACCAAGCUGAUUGAUGAGACGGGCAAGCAGGUGAAUCUCUACUACGACCUUCAAAAUCGCAAGUAUGAGAAGCUGCAGGAUGCCGCCUUUUUCUGGGGCUCGCCGAUGUUGCUGCCUCCCUUCCUGGCUGCGCUGCGGAUCCACGAGGAUGUCAGCCGCUUCCUGGCCUUCCUCUUCAGCCGCCACGCCUCCAGUCCCACGCUGCAUCGCUGCCUGGACACCAAGUGGGGAGCUGUACUUCGAAGUGGCUACGUUACCAUGGUGGAGAACCAAGAGGAGCUCAGCAAGCAAGUUGCCAAGAUCUUCUGGGAAAUUGGUGCCACGUCCCGUUUCACGAAUUUUCGCUGGAUCACAACGAGCGAGCAGAUGAUGCCAGUGAGAGAAGGCUGGCAGCUGAUCUUUAACGGAUUCAUCGCCAUGAGAAGGAGCCUUGGCUUCCUUCGCCUGACGCGACAUCGUUUGGGUCUGUUGAGGCCUCAACACGUGGACUCCGACUCGGACCAUUUGCUCCCCAAGGAGGGGGGCGAGUACGACACCUGGGAGCUGAGACGCAGCCUCUUCCAGGAUGACAGGAAAUUCACAGACAAGAUGGUGCUGCGCUUCCUCAUUCGCAAGGUCUUCGUUGCGGACGACACCGUUGGAGACUUCGGCGCUUUCAAGGGCUCAUAUGCUGCCUGGCUGAACGACACGGGUCUCGUCCAGGUGAUGGCUUAUGAUGGCAUCGCCAAUGUGACAUCCGUGACGGGUGGCAUAGUACAACAUCAAAAUCUAGGACAGCCCUUCGAUCUUGGCAGACGCUUUGACUGGGUCAUGUCUCUGGAGGUUGGAGAACACCUUCCCUCCACAGCGGCCUCCACCUUCUUGAGCAACAUCCGGCGACAUGCUGUCAAAGGUGCAGUUAUCAGCUGGGGAACCCCUGACUUUCCAUCGGUGCAUCACCCGAAUCUGCUCACGGAGGAGGAGUCGACGCGCUUGAUUGAGCGCCACGGGUUCCAGCAGCAGAAGGACCUGACCCGGCAGCUGCGUUCUGCGGCCGAGCUGGAGUGGCUGAAACAGACCAUUGCGGUGUACCACACCAAAGCCUGGUCAGAUGACGAGCGCCAGGACUCGAUUCCGAAGAAAAUGAAUCGCUGGCUUUUGGUUGCUUCCGAGAACUGA